ACACACACCAAGGUCUCCCCGCACCUACACACACGCACACGCCUCACCAAACAUUAUACGCCUUACACCCCAAACAUCGCUCUGUAAAGUCUCCACACACACACACACACACACGCGCGAGUCUGACCAAACCACAUCAUCAUAAGGUGCGCGUCGUCUGAGCAAGGAUCAUCUCAAGGACCACAGGACGGAGAGGCAAAGUGGAGGCGAGAAAGAGAUGACCGAAGAGGAGGGGAGGGAGAGUGAUGGAUGCUCCUCGUUUGCCAAAAUAAACCCCGUUAGGAGGCUGUGCAGGCUGGUGAAUAUGCAGGCGGCCGGGACAGGAGUGGACUGCGUGGUGGUGUGUCCCGCCGUGCUGAGUCAAGUGUGCAGUCAGAUGCGUCUCUCAAAGAGUGGUCGUGGUGUGCAAUGGUCACUGGCGUCCCUGGCGACAGUGAAGAGGCUGUUGGUGACGCGUCCUUAUUGGAGUAGGUGUUUGUGUGUGUCGAAUGAGGUGCCGUGUGUCGGGGAGAAGGAGGUGGCGCCUCUGCUCUCCCUCACGCCCUCUCAUCGCUUCGUCGUCUUCAUCGUCACUAGUUCCAGCGAGAGCUUGGGAUCAGUGGUGGUGGGCGGGGAGUCACUCAUUGAGGCUGUGUAUAGGGCCCAAAACCUGGCGGGCUUGCGGCCGUGCCUCCAAAGCCCCAGUGAGCCAUCCCUUGCCUUCGUCAAGUACGACAUGACCAAAGGAAGGAUGAGGCGGAGGGAACACAGCAGAGGAGUAGGGCCAACCCUUCUCAACGGCGGCCACAUUAAGAUCGGCAUGAUUCUGAUCUAUCAACAAACGAAGAUGCUGUACUCUGGUUUUCCAAUGGAUAGUUAUGGAUGCAGCAAGCAGGACUUUCUGAAGUUUGUAUCAAAAUGCACCCAGCAUACUUUUCUUCUCAAAAUCCCUGGUCCCCCAUCACCACAGUUUUCCCGAGACUCAUCCUUUGAGGACCAGGAAGACAGGGCAGCUCAUUCUGAUGCCCAGGAAGAGUCAACAUUCAGCAAUCCAGUAGCAGAUGAAUGAAUACAUACCUGUCAGAAACCAAGCUGGGAAUUUGAAUCUACACAUUGAAAACUUUCACGUGGCUUAUUUUCACUACUUAUUACAUGGAAAAAGUUAUUACUGGAAUCUUUUUGCUUAAUAUUGUUAAAAAAACUCAGGAAUUAAAAAGGAGAUAUCCUUAUGAUAGAAUCCUAUCUCAAGGCAAAGACUAGACUUAGUGUUAUGCAUACUGCAGUGAGUUUUAGUCAGAUAUUAGGCUUAGAUAUGAGUGUUCAGAAUUUCUUGUUGUGAUGAUAUUGUUCAUAUGCUAUAGUGCCACAUGUACAGACUGCAGAAGGCUUCUGUGCAGGAAAUCUGACUUCCAUAUGGAUUCUCAGUAGAACAAUGCAUCCAUUAUGUGUAUGUCUUUGUAAGAUUAUUGCCAUUCAAGAAUGCUACUUAUUUACUGUCUUGUUCUUCCAUGGAUUAGAAAGAAUAAUUUAGAUAUAUUUAUGAACCAAUAAAUGUCAUAAAAAAAUUA